CGGGAAGUUUGAUUGGAUGGAGGAGAUAGUUCGAACGCUUCAAUUGCAUAAAUUACCGGCCAUCAAUUUUGCUACUUCCCUUCUCUCUCUCUCUCUCGAUACGAUCCAUCAUCUCUCUUCUCUGAUCCACACAGUUGUUCUCAUUCUCUCACAUUUGCAAUUUCGUUAAGGUUUCGUACUUUACAGAGAUCUGAGGGUUUUGCUUGCACUGGAUUGAAAGGGGGAGGCAUUUUGUUUCGAUUGAGGAGGGGAGAGAGGGAGAGAGAGAUCUGAGGGCUUUUUGAAUUAAUUAGUGAGGGGGGGAAAUGAGCGGAUCUCGGUUCAUAAAGUGCGUAACAGUAGGUGACGGAGCAGUGGGUAAAACCUGUUUGCUCAUUUCCUACACCAGCAACACUUUCCCUACGGAUUAUGUACCGACUGUUUUCGAUAACUUUAGCGCUAAUGUGGUUGUUAACGGAGCCACUGUCAACCUUGGCUUGUGGGAUACCGCUGGGCAGGAGGAUUAUAACAGGUUAAGACCCUUGAGUUACCGCGGUGCUGAUGUUUUCAUCUUAGCCUUUUCCCUCAUCAGUAAGGCUAGUUAUGAGAAUGUCUCCAAGAAGUGGAUCCCUGAGCUGACUCACUAUGCCCCUGGUGUCCCAAUUGUUCUUGUUGGUACCAAACUAGAUCUUAGGGAUGACAAACAGUUCUUCGUUGACCACCCUGGUGCUGUACCUAUUACCACUGCUCAGGGAGAGGAACUGAUGAAGCUAAUUGGAGCUCCUUCGUACAUCGAGUGCAGUUCAAAAUCACAGGAGAACGUGAAGGGGGUGUUUGAUGCAGCGAUUAGAGUGGUACUUCAACCUCCAAAGCAGAAGAAAAAGAAGGGCAAAGUACAAAAGGCCUGCUCCAUUUUGUACUCUCUCUCUCUCUCUCUCUCUCUCUCUCUCUCUCUCUCUCUGCCAUUCUCUAGUGAAUUUUUAAGAAGAAGAAACACAUUGGGGGUUAAAGUUGGUUUAAAUUUGGUUGUGAUAAAGUUCUCUUUAUCUUUGAAAAGAUAUGAUUUCUUGUGUUUUUGCUGAUAAAUUGUUUCCAGCUUUAGCUGAGAGCCAAAUAUUGCACUACUAAUGCUCUUCUCUUUCUCUCAAUUA